UACUUUGGAUGGCUGCGAUGAUUGACCUUGUUGACAAUGCCACGCCCGAUCAUUGCCCGCCCGCUUGGAGCCUUGCUUGCUUGCCCUGCUACAUAUCAAUAUUGGCGCGUACCAAGCACAUUUGAAGUUGCUCUUCUUAUCUUCAAUUUUUGCUUGUUUGUUUUUUUGAAAAUUUCGCUACCUUCUUGCAGCUCCUGUCGCUGAGUAGUAGUUCGAAAUAGAGAAGUCCACGAGAGCCGGAGCGAAUCGAGCGUCACAACUCUGUCGAGAGUGAUAGGUUUCAGAGACAUUGUGCAGAUUCGGGUGAGGAUGUGGAUGUUUUUGUUUUAGAGGAAGAGAAGGUGGUGGUGGUAAGGUUGAUAUGGUGGAGACACUUCGUGAAGAGUGAUCCGUGGUUCAGUUCUUUCGCGUAGAGGAGCUGUCAUUGUUUAGAUACGUGUUCUCUGCGGAAGGCAUGGCGAGUAGGCAGUGAUGGAGGAUGGUUUUUGUCUCAGAGUGAUCAAGUGAUGGCGACGCUUGUUUUUCUUGAGGAAGUAUGCGCUGAUAGUGAUUUCCGAAGUGGAUUUGGAUAGCGGUACCGUGAGAAUCGGUUAAUGCCGUUUUAAAGUUUUUAUCUGGAGAGGUGAAGUUGGAGUGGAAUGCAAGAGGGAGGGGUGUUGCAUAGUUGUCUUUGGAGAGUGAAAUAAUUUCAUUAUUGUUUUUUCUUUUCGAGUGCAGUAGGUUGAUCUGUUUGAUACAUUCAGAGACGCGACAGUAUUGUGUUAUUGCUCAAAGCGCACUAGUUUUUGUUUUUAUCGUAGUACAGGGUGAGGAGAGAAGGAACAAAUAUGUGCAUAACUUUGCAUCACAAGCACGCCUGUCAACUGGAGGAACAGUAUGCGUCUUGUUCGGAACCUUUCGAACUAGCAUCUCCAUACUACAUGAUUUCUCACUUCAUGUAGUGGUCGUCGUAGGCGUGCGAAGCCUUGUGUGCAUCGCGAAGUACAGAGCGACAAGCGAAGGAGUUUCGUGGUUGCAUAUUAUUCACCCCUACUUGCUGUUUCUACCUGUAGCAUUACGUCACUUUGCGGCAGUACUUGGAGGAGCAGGGUGCUGUAGCGCAUUUAGAGUUCCAACAAUUCAGUGAAUUGGUCGGGGGACCUUCGUGAGGGUUUAAUUUUUUUUUACACUCUUUACCUGUGGGGGAAUUCGGAGAGGAUAGCAUGCACUGUAGCUCUGUCUGCUCUCGCCCCGAGAUCAUGGCCAUGGUGAUUGUGUAGGGGUCGUUGCAGAUUGAUGUAAUGGUCGUGGAUUAUCAUCCACCUCUGGCCUUGACACUGUACUCUGUCUUGGAUGCGGUGACGUUGGUCUCGAUCGCAGCAUUGUAGUAACCUAUAAUUUACCAAGCGUGGAAUUGAAAGUCCAAUAACUGGUUUCCAUGCAUGAAGCCCGUUCACACUGAACCUCCAAAACCUGUGAGAUUGUCCGGAUGCAGAACGUCAUGGUGCAUGGGUGCAGAAGUUGGCGGUAAGUAGGGCCUUUACAUAAGGACAUUUAGUGAUGCGAAGAAUGUCGUUGACAUGAGUGCUCAGUGUUUUUCUUGCAAGCUACGAGGUCGGAACUGAUCCUCGAAAUAGUAGCUUUUGCUUCAGCGGUCUUGAUGCAUAUUUAAGGUUCCAAUUGACCUUUGACUCGAAGAGACUGUCAGUCUUUCAGCUGAAUGUCUGGUGGUGCGAGAGACAUAUCAAGCCCAUAAUCUCCAUCAAGUAAUAAACGAUGCUCAGCUGAAACAGAGACAAAUUUCAGUAGCCUUUACUAGGCUGCCCUCACUAGUAUUCAUGGUUUUAAGAGUCUGGCAAAAUGCGCAGCAAUCUCUGCAGUUUUGCAGGGUUGCUGCCUGUGCUACUGCUGGCAGCAACCCUUGGAAGCUUUGGCUAUGAUGUGGCGGAGGAGAAAUCUGGCUGCCACUUAGAUUCCCCGUGCAUGGUCCAGGGCAGGUUAGCGGAAGUACUGCUUCCUCGUCGAACUUUGUGGACCAGAAAGCUCCCCUUAGAUGACUAUUUCUUACUCCACUUCGCUAAAAGACGACCUUAUACGACCUCUGCAGCAACGAAUGAGCAGAAUUCUGCUGAUGAAUUCCUACGUUCGACAGACCUCGCUGCUCCAAGGGGAUCUUUGGUUGCAUCUGCUAUGGCCGCCCCUUUAGGAAGUUUUUCUCAAAACAGUCCAGAGGAGUCUCACCUACAAGCCCCUUCAAUAGCCCCUUCGCCACUUGAACCUGUUGUCCCCCCAUCACCACUGAAUUUCAGCUUUCCUGAAGAUUGCCGCCAAGUUUGUCCAGAUGGCUACACUUAUACACCACCAGGGGCCCCAUCAUGUGGUUGUGUCAUCCCCAUGCACGCACAGUUUCGGCUUGGAAUCCAGUUGGAGACGCUUUUUCCUCUAGUGUCUGAGCUGGCUGCGGAGCUUGCUGAUGGAUUGUUUUUACGAACCAGUCAAGUCCGUAUUGUAGGGGCCAAUGCUGUUGAGUCAAACCAGGAUGAAACCGACGUGAGUGCAGACUUUGUGCCAUUGGACUCGAAGUUCGAUAACACCACAGCUCAUCUGCUUGCCUCUCGCUUGUGGAGUGGUCAAGUUCCACUGAACAAGACUCUUUUUGGAACCUACUCCGUCAUUUUUGUCGAUUACCCAGGUCUUCCUCCUCCUCCACCCCCCCAGUUCCCAGGAAAUAUUGUUUCACCGCCAAGUCCGGCCAACCAACUUCCAUCUGGAUUGGAUCCAAGUAAUAAAUAUCACAAGCUCAGCUCGGGGCUCAUCACCGUGAUUGCUCUGGCAUCGUCUAUGGGCAUACUGUUGCUGAUUGGUUUUGUGUGGCUCAUUCGUCUACGUCGCAGCUUUAACCGGAAAUCUUCACCUUCCGAUGUUGGCCCUUUUCAUGCAUAUUUCAAUCCUAAAAUUGAAGGUUCAUUAUUGUCAGGAAGUAUGGCGAGUUCUAUAACAGUUUCUUACAUAUCUAACGUCGAAAACUACACCGGCACUGCCAAGACCUUUAGUAUAUCAGAAAUGGAAAGGGCAACAGACAACUUCAGACCAGAUAACGUAAUUGGUGAAGGGGGCUUUGGAAGAGUUUAUCAAGGGGUGCUGGACAGUGGUAUUGAAGUGGCUGUCAAAGUACUGACAAGGGAUGAUCAUCAGGGUGGUCGUGAAUUUAUUGCUGAGGUAGAAAUGUUGAGCAGAUUACAUCAUCGAAACCUUGUGAAGCUAAUUGGCAUCUGCACCGAGAAAAUUCGGUGUUUGGUUUAUGAACUCAUCACGAAUGGCAGUGUGGAAUCUCAUGUGCAUGGUUCAGACAAAUACACAGAUCCUCUCAGCUGGGAAGCGCGCGUUAAAAUUGCUUUAGGAUCUGCUCGUGGGCUGGCAUACCUACAUGAGGAUUCUCAGCCCAGGGUAAUUCACAGAGACUUUAAAGGAAGCAAUAUUCUACUAGAAAACGAUUACACUCCUAAAGUAUCUGAUUUCGGUCUAGCGAAAUCGGCAUCUGAGGGUGGCAAGGAACACAUUUCUACUCGAGUAAUGGGCACGUUCGGGUAUGUGGCCCCUGAAUACGCAAUGACAGGGCAUCUACUUGUGAAGAGUGAUGUUUACAGUUACGGAGUAGUGCUUCUAGAGCUCCUCUCUGGACGGAAACCUGUAGAUAUGUCUCAACCACCUGGUCAAGAAAAUCUAGUCACAUGGGCUCGCCCACUUCUUACAACCAAGGAUGGGAUCGAGCAGCUUGUUGAUCCUUAUCUUAGAGACGACUUUCAAUUCGACAACUUUGCCAAGGUGGCUGCUAUAGCCUCCAUGUGUGUACAACCGGAAGUAUCCAAUCGACCGUUUAUGGGCGAGAUCGUGCAGGCCUUGAAACUUGUGUAUAAUGAAUUAGAAGCUAAUGAUGUUGGGCGCGGAAGAGGAACAGUAUCGCCUACUUCUGACUUGGUCGAAACACAAAAUUCACAGUUUCUCCAUGACUCCUCGUUUAUAAGUAUUGAUUAUGUCUCGGGACCCCUCGAGUCCUUGGAUUUUGAACAGCGAAAGCCUGUCUCUGCUUCAGGUGUUGAAUCUGGCUCUGAACGGUUCUUCCGACAACUUUCAAGUUCAUUUAGACGGUACAGUGCUUCAGCUCCACCAAAGGCGUCUUCACUACCAAGAGCUCCUUAGUCUGGAACGGGAAAUCCCCAAGGCGGGAAGCAUGAGUGACCAGUGUAUUAUUUACUGAGAUCCUUAAAUGUGGGAAUUUUUUUCAUGUUAGGCGUUAGGAUUGUGAAGGCUGUUGCGACUUUACAUUAUUGGCUCCUGCCAUGCCAAUUUGUAUAUUAUCCUCGUCUCAUCUAUUAGACUUGAGUCACAUAAUUUUCGUGAUUCGGUAUCAUUCACUUUUUCAGCCUC